CAUCGCUAAGGCGGCCGGCGCGGGUCAGGCCACGCGUUCCGCGGAGCCGCGCCGGGCAGCAUGGAGGGCGGGCGGCGUGGAGAGGCCGCGGCGGCGGCGGCGGCCGGGGACGGGCCCGCGCCCGUGUUCACCCUGGAGGAGGUGGCGAAGCGGAACUCCAGCCGUGAGGCCUGGCUGGUGAUCCACGGGCGCGUCUACGAUGUCACCCGGUUCCUGGAGGAGCACCCAGGUGGAGAAGAGGUGUUGCUUGAGCAAGCUGGCAGAGAUGCCACUGAGAGCUUUGAAGACGUGGGGCAUUCCACAGAUGCCAGGGAAAUGCUGAAGCAGUACUACAUUGGAGAGGUGCACCCGAAUGAUCGUGAGAAGGGAGGUUCUAAGAAUCCAAGUAGGACAUCCUCAGGCCAAACCAGUUUCUGGUCGACAUGGCUGAUCCCCAUCUUUGGAGCACUGGUCUUAGGUUUAAUGUAUCGUUACUACAUGGCAGAUGGGAAAAGCUCCUGAGCUGGCCUUGCUGGGGCCUCAGACAGCCUGAAAAGAGGGAGAGAGAGUGUGUGUGUGCCACACGUGGAGUUCUGCUGCCCUUAGCCUUCCUGCCUUGCUUUUAGCUCUGAGUCUGUCAAGUGAUGUUGAUAUCUAUGGGACCAAGCUAAUUCCAAACUCUAUCCUAACUCUGGGACCCACAGAUCUGUUGUACUUUCCUCUUGCAGUGGCAGGGAAAGAGGAACUUCUGUUACUCCCUGCCCUUGGUGUGGUGUCCCUCAUGCUCUCUCUCGCUCUCUCUGGCUCUCUGACAUGACCCCAGACAACCUUUUCUCUCAAUGCUUUUGCGUUAAGCCAGACACCACAAAAGAGCUGCCCCGGGCCUGUGGCUCUGCCUCAGCCCUUCAUACAGUCGGGAAUCAUCUGCCAGUUGUCUCCAGCCCUUGCCAGGAAGGAUGUCCAGAGUUUGGUUCUGCAAGAACGUUCCCAGAGCGUGCAGGCAGCACUAACUGGAGCGGCAGGGAGUUGUUGGUUUGGCCACCUCUUUCUGUUCCUGUCUGUUUUUAACGGUUAAACAAAUACAUGGAUUUUAAAAGU